CGAUCAUCAUCCCCUCGCUCUUGUUCUCUCACUUUCAUCCUCGUUUUGUUUCGUUCACCUCGCCGUUAUUAACCUUCUGAGAUGAACCCUGAUUUCGCUGCUUUUUUCGCAGAGCAAGACGAACACAUGCGUCUAGCUCGCGAUGCACUCCAACAGUACCUGUCUCAGAAACUAUCAACAAGCAACAUAGUUACUACUUCGCCGUCGACUUCAUUGGUGCCUUCAUCUCUGCAGACAGAAGCAUCUAGUACUACGCCAGAGCCACAUCCCGAUCAUAUGGAUGUGGACUUGUCUGAUAAAUCUCCUCGGGGAAAGCGCAAGGAGACGUCAGAGUUCGUUGAACCAAAUCCUUCACGUAGUAAGCGGCGCAGAAAAACAGCAAGUGGGCAAGAACCACCAAAGCCGCACUUGCCGACGGCCUUUGGACAAAUGAGUUCGUCUUCGCCCGUGGCGUGUACUAGCCAUUCCGAAGAAAUCUCACCAGCGUUAAUCGCCGAGCCGCCGGCAAACUCCGUAACAUUGUACAAACGACCGUCUAUGUCUGACGCGCAGCGUACUCCUGGGAUCAAGCUCACGCCCUCAUCUUCCAUCGAAGAGAUAUCCAAGAAUUCUUUUGAUCAAGGUACAAAGACAGCAAAGACCAAGCAACAAACGUCCAACAAAACAUCAGGCGUGCGCAAGCAACAUGCAACGUAUCAGGCCGCUAUCAGGCGCCCGGCAUCUGCCUCAACGCCUGGCGAUGACAAUAUACUUCCCGAGACUUCGGAAAGCCCUCGAAGAACAACCUCAAGCGAUCUGGAAUCUGACAUAGCUAGAUGCAUUGCCAACCAUGCUAGUAAGAGCCGACAACCGAAGGUUCACAAAGCCUCCGCUCUCGGUAAUAAUUCAUCUGCCCCUUCUCUCGACUCGGUAUCAGUAAUACAAGAUUCCUCUUCGCUACAACUCUCAACACCCGCAAUCAGGAAGACGGCCGUGAGCAAGCCCCAGAACGUCGUCAGUAAAUCUACCAACGCUGGGAAGAGCGCUAAAAAUAAGAAAAUAAAAAUGUCUCCCGCGGAAUGGGCUGUCCAUCUCAUGGAAGAACAAAAGCGUUUGGACGCCGAUCCCAAAACCAAGAAAGUCACCAAGUUCUUGACCGGAAAGAACAUCUAUUUUUGCGGCGGAGACCAAGACUACGCUUUACCACGAACUCAAGGAAACAUGGAAAUAUUGGUGAAAUUUGGCGCUAAUUUACAGCCGCAUUUCGAUCCCAAUGUCGUUACGCACAUCGUUGUCCGUUCUACGUGCUCAUUGGGUACAUUGCUCAGCAAAUGUGGACUACGCAGAAUAAGUGACAUACCUGACCAUAUACCAACCUUGACAUGGGACUGGGUCUCCAAUUGCAUAGGUCAAGCUGAAAAAGGGCCAGAUCGCAACGUAAGGUUGCCGUCAUAUGAUCUUUAUGCAGCCUACCAUGAGCGGUUUUACGCUGGCCUUGAAGGCUACACCGCAUCAGGCGAAAGGAUUGGUCAAGCAUCAGCGUCGACGAAGUGUCCCAAGAAUAGCCGGGAUGCCGUCCAUGAUUCAGAAUCAGAAGAAGAGGCGGAAUCGUCGGAGGUUUUUCCCAGCGACAUGAAGGACGCGACUUCCACUUCCAAGCUCGAUGUCUCGGAGUCGAAAUUUUUCGAGGUGUCGAAAGAUGAUCCUCUUGCGGAAUUUUAUGACCAGGCAAGAGCCGAACAUGAGAACCAGUGGACGCGUUACGGCGAAGCCGAAGACUCGGAAUCCGAAGACGACCAGCUCGAAACUGAUACGGAGUCGGAUCAUAAGCCUGCUAAACCUAUGAAACGGGGUUAUGCCUGUGAUAACAAAGGGAUGCAAGUGAGGCAGGUCUGUCCUAACCAAGACGUCGUCGAUCUGCUUUCCGAACUUAAGGAGUUACAUGCGGCGAAAGCGGGAUCUGAUGAAUACUGGAGAGUCUUUACAUAUAAUAGAGCAAUCUCCGCUAUACGCGCAUAUCCUAAGCGUAUCAAGCACGCAAAUGAAAUACUAUCUCUUUCAGGCAUUGGCCAGAAAACUGCCCAAAAGAUCAUGGAGAUCUUGGAAACGGGAGGUCUUCGACGAAUCCAAUACGAAACGACAGAUCAAGUCAUCGUGUCUCGUAUCUUUCAGGGUAUCUACGGUGUUGGCAAAAAGAUCUCUCUGCAAUGGUACGCCACUGGAAAUCGUUCCCUUGACGAUCUUAGGACGGGGAAAUACGGGUGUAAGCUGUCCAACGCUCAAAAGAUCGGCCUCAAGUAUUAUGACGACAUCAAUAGCCGCAUGCCCCGCGAAGAAGCUAAAGCACUGUUUGACCUGAUAAAGCCCAUAGCAUUAUCCAUUGACCCCAAUCUCUUCGUCGAGAUCAUGGGAAGUUACCGACGGGGCAAGGCGGAUUGUGGCGACAUCGACAUCAUGAUCACUAGAUGUCCUGACGACGGCAGGACGCACGCCGGCGUUCUUGGAAAGUUACUAAAGAAACUCCAUGAAGCAGAUAUAGUAACGGAGGAUCUAGCGCUUCCGGAUACCCGCGAUCUAGAAGCGAUUUAUCGUGGUCUUUGUCAUCUUCCACAAGAAGGCUCGCGCCAAAGACGAAUCGACUUUUUGACUAUUCCUUGGAAGUCAAGAGGUGCAGCCCUGCUGUAUUAUACUGGAGAUGAUAUUUUCAACCGGGCUAUGCGCCUCAAGGCCAGGCACAUGGAGUACUCUCUGAACCAGAGGGGGUUGUGGGAGGGAGUAGUACGUGAUACAAGCAACCGCACGAAGAAGCUGAACACCGGUACCAUAAAGGCAUCGGAAACUGAGGAAGAAAUUUUUAAGAUUUUAAAUGUGCCAUACCAGGAGCCUCAUGAGAGAGUCCGGAACUUUUCUUAAUUAAAUUAUACGCUGAGUUAUUGUGUAUCGUUCGCCUGGUUGAGAGCCCCUAACAUAAAUGAUAUCAUCCGUCGUUGGGUGGAUGCGGGGACUGUGCGGGGGGGUCACCGGCGCGGUGAUGGUAUCACAACGUUAGCGAAACGCAUGGGUCCAAGGGUAGCGAUAAAUACGAGUUGCAGCAAACAGAGCGCGUCAGAAUGUUAGCCUGUCUCUCCGCUAGCAACUGGUGCUCCACCUGGAAACUUCCGAGUUGAAAUUCAGGAGGUUCAACUGGACUUGAGACAAUUUUUGGAUUUCCAGCAGUCCUGUAGUGAGUUAGAGGCUAGCAGGAAUUCGAGUGAGUUUUCGGACUGGAGAAAUUGAUGAACAGAGCAGAGUCUUGGUGACACAAUUAAAAG